GUUAAACAAAUUAUUAUAUUAUAGAUAGUUCAUAAAAUAAUACGAAAUUCAGUUACAAACAUUUGUGCAUUUUAUCCAUUAUAAUGAUUUUUUAAUUUAUAAUAAAUUAUAUAGUCUAUUUAGGCACAUUACAGAUUGCCUACUAAUGAUAGUUACAAUUUCAUCAUUUAGUACAAUUUUUCCUAUGCAAUAAGAGAAAUUAAUUAGUAAAUUUAAUUAAUUUAACCAUUAUUACUAAUAGUAUUAGUUAGUAUAUAAACUAUAUUGCAUUCUAUCUUGUCACAGUUCAAUUUGGAUCUCAAUUUGAAACAUGAAACUCUUCAUCAUCCUUUCCGCCCUUGUGGCGAUGACCAUAGCAGAGGAUAUCGUGUACUUUACCACGGACAAUGAUUAUUUGGACAUCGAUACAGCGAUGAAGGAUCCAACACUGGUCAAAGGAUUUAUCGAUUGCUUCGUUGACCGUGCUCCAUGUGACCCUCUGAGUCAGUCAUACAAAAAAAACAUGCCGGAAGCGGUCCCCACAGCUUGCCACAGAUGCAAUGACCCCCAGAAGCAUUUGUGGAACCGUUUCCUGACGGCUCUGAAGGAGUCCUAUCCUCAAUACUACUGGGACUACGAGGAAAAGUACGAUCCUAACCACAUUUACUUGCCUCUUUUGGAAAAGGCUGUGGCUGAAUACUAAUUUUGUGUUUAAUUAAUAAAAUAUUCAGCAUUUAA